AUGCUUCGAACUGCCAUCAUCCGAUCUGCCCGCGCCGCGACCCGCUCUGUGGCAAGGUGGCAAGCUCCAAUUGCUGCCAGGCCGCUGGCUCCGAGCUCCUUUCUCAGAUCGAGGCAGACAGCACCAGCAGUGUACUUCCAGGCUGUGAGGUGCUACUCGGCUCAUGGCGGUCUGUCGAAAGAGGAGGUCCAGGGGCGGAUAUUGGAUCUGUUGAAGAACUUUGACAAGGUCUCAGACGCAUCGAAGCUCUCGCCGACAUCGCACUUUUCCAACGACCUUGGGCUUGACAGCCUCGAUACUGUAGAGGUGGUGAUGGCGAUUGAGGAGGAGUUCAGCAUUGAGAUCCCCGACAAGGAGGCCGAUGCCAUCCACAGCGUUGACAAGGCCGUCGAGUACAUCCUGAGCCAGCCGGAUGGUAAGACAGCCCAGUUCUUCGCAUCGUGA